AUGGAUAUUUUGGGAAGUUUGGAAGUAAGGUGGGUGCAGGGAUUCACUAACAGCAAUGUUGAAUUUGUGGAUAAGAAAACAGCCUGCUACAUCUGUGGGAAUUACAUAGUUUUCCUCAACAUGGAGACAAAAGUGCGAAAUGUGCUUCAGUGUCCUGGCAGUGGCAUCGGGGCCUUUACAGCAAAUGGGCUUUGCAGGAUUUUUGCUUUCUCUGAGCAGAAACUUCAUCCAUCCAUAUUUGUGUACAGCUACCCUGAGCUUUCCUUGAGGUGUGAACUUAAAGGCACAGCUAAAUUGGCUUACACAGUGCUGGCGCUGAGUGAUUCAGGUCCCUAUUUAGCCUGCUGCUCAUCUAUACCUGAUUACACCAUCACAGUAUGGAACUGGGAAAGUGGAGCUCAGAUUUGUUGCCAUCCACUGGCUAAAGAGGACAUUACAGAUUUGGCUUUCAAUCCAAUGAACUGGCAGCAAAUCUGUGCUGCAAACUCGAAGUCUCUCACAGUUUGGAAUAUUGAGAGAAGUAAGGACUUUCAUAUGAUGAAGCCCAGUAUUAUUGAUCUCCCUGCUACCGAUGGCUCUGUGGUUGAACAAGAAGUCAUCUACUCUCAUAUCACGAAUGGGAAGUUGACUUACUAUGGUCCUCAGAUGCCUACCUCAGCUGUUGCAGGGCUGAGCGGUGCCAGAGCUGAUAAUUUUGUGCCCCAGAACCAAGUGAAGCAGAGACUGUGCCCAAGUGCCAUCUGCUGGUCUGCUUCCUCACAACUGUGUGUAGGUUGCAAAGAAGGCUUCCUACUACUAGUUAACCCUGAAACUCUGCUUGUAUCUGUCCUCUACUCGCCGCAUAUUGAGGGAAGCCCAUCAGAUGGUGGUGGGGAUCUGGCCAUGCAGGAAGGCAGUUUUCAGAGCCUGGCACUGCACAGCAAUGGAGUAUUUGCUACAGGAUUGGAUUGUGUUUUGAGAAACAUCCAGAUUAAAGGGAAUCAAGCAGAAGUAGUGGAGUGUUGGGCUUUAGAGGAACCAGCCUUAACUGUCUGCUGUUCACCUGACUGUGAAACACUGCUGCUGUCUACCAACACCGGACGCAUUUACAGAUUCAAACCAGGGCUCACAGACAAGUUUGUCAAAGUUCUGGAUGUUCUGUGUGGAGACUUUGUGGCUGCUGCUCCAUCAUACACUGAAAAUAACAUCUGUGUGUCAGUCAGAGAGUGUGGAGAGCUACAGCUGUGGUCACUGGAUGCAGGACACUGUAUUGCUUCCAUGUCUCUGCAGAUAAAUGUGACUAGCUUGGCAUGUUGUCCUAUAGCUCAGUAUGUUGCCGUGGGCACAGUCACUGGGCAUGUUUUAUUUGUGGAAUUCACGAGGAAGGAGCAACUACGACUGGUUCAUAGAAUCCAUCUCUACCAUGUGCCUGUAGAUCAUCUAGUCUUUGACCAAGGAGGCAAUUUCCUAAUCACAGGUGCAUCAGAUCGUCACAUAUUUGUGCUGGAUGCAAGGCCAUCUAAAGCAUUUGAGAUUAUUGGCUACACAGAGGCAAUGGGUGCCACUGUGAGUCUGUCUACCCAGUAUCAGAAAGAGAGUAAGCAGGUGAAAGUGCUGGUGCUCUGUGACAAAGGCAGGGAGGAGAAGAAAGAAAAGGAACAGAAAGAGGGAAACAUACUGCUGCUCCUUUCAAUGUCUGUGCAGCAGUUUGAAGGUCCAGCGAGUUGCGUUGAUCGACGUGGCUGCCUGCACAAAGAUGUUCUUCACAGCUGGGUGUAUGAGACCCCACACUCUCUUUCCUCGUGUGUUCUGGGUACCAAAAACAUCUUUGCUUAUUGCCAGCAGAAGAAAGUCCUGCAAAGAUUCCAACUUCCACAGAUUACGAGUAAAUCGUCCAGCACACAAGAAGCAGUUCCACUCAGUCCUGAGAAAGAAGUAGAGGGUCAUCCUCUGGGCCCUGCCUCUGUCCAUCUCUCUCCCCAUCAGAGCUGGCUGGCCUCCAUCGGCAGAGACGGACUCCUCCGCAUCUGUGACGUCUCCACUGUGGAAAGGUAUGUGCAAAUGCAGGGCCAUUCUUGCUGGCUGGGUGGAGUUCGCUCUGUGUCUUUUACGCCUGACAGUCAGACACUCCUCACAACUGGCUUCCAAGAUGGCUCUCUGGUCUGUAGUAGGCUCAGGUUAAAGGUGGCUGGCGCUGGUAAAGCAAGCACAGCUACCCAGUAUGGCCUGUCCCUGGUGAAGUCCUUUGAGGCCAUAAUGUCCUCUGAGAACCUUGUCCUCAGCAGCAUGAUAGAUUGGGAACAGCAGGUUCAAUCCCCACUGGCAUCUGCACUGUCUCACAUAGGAGAGGUCAGUGAAAGGACCCAGAGAAUAACUGAUAUAACUGACAAGGACGAAAGCAACACCAGUCUGCCCUCUGUGACUCCAUCCAGUUCCACAUGGCUAGAUGAUAAACUAGAAGAAAUGCUCAAGGAGGAGAGCCAGCAGUUUGCAGAAACGAGGAAGAGCCUUAAGAAGAGCAUAAAAGAACUUCGAGAAACAAUCCAGGUUAUGAUGCGGGAAAAUGAGAGCCUGCCGGACAUGGAGAAGCUGGAGCAGCAGGAGUUUAACCUGGACGUAGAGGAGCAGAAGAGACUACAGGCUGAGGGAGAGCAGGAGGUCAUCAGGGUUCGAAACGUGAUUGAUCUGGAGAAUCUGGCCAAAUGCUACCUACGUGAAGUCCUCAAGAAAGAAUGCUGGGACUGUAUGAAAGUCAAAGAGAAAGCCAUUAAGGCCUUCCACUCUGAGUAUGAAGUGAAAAACUAUCCCAUGAAGGAGCGCCCAGCUAAGGAACUGGAAGAGCUUCAAAGGGUGGAGACUAUCCGAAAUAUUGAACAGGCUGAGUCUAAUCUCCAGCAAGAAAAUUUGGAGAGAUUGAGCAAGGUUCCAGUAGAGGGGGAGGAAGAAGAGGAGGAAGAAGGGCAUGAGGCAGACAGCUUGGCUUUAGCUGGCAGUCUGAGCUCUCAGUACGGAGGCUCAAACCUUUACCUUUAUAGCCAAUUCAGCCUCCACACCAGAGAGCAGAAAAUCAACCAAAUCACAUUGCUCCAGGACGUUAUCCACAAAGUGAAAACAGCUUUUAACACAGAAUUUGAGGCUGUAUAUAAGCAGAAGGAGCAAGAGAUCAGCCGUGUGAGAGACAAGAACAGACGCAUCACAGAGAUUAUGACAGAGCUGGAGCUGCAGGAGAGUUUGUGGGAGCCGACCCUGACAGACAAUGAGAGGCCAGAGAGAGCACUCACAGUCAGUGACUCUGAGAUCAAGGUAGAGAAAUACCUGACACCUGAGCAAAGGCAGAUAGAAGAGGAGCAGAGAAAGGAAGAGGAGCAGAGGCAGCUCGCGGCGAAGGGUGACAAUAUCAGAGAGAGGGCUCUGGAUGAUAUGAUGGGUGGCGUGCUUGAGCUGAAAAAAGAGGACAUCCUGAGAAUGGAAGUGCCACAGCCCGAAGUUAUGGCCAAGCCAGAGCUACAGUGGACAGAGGAGGAGAGAAGAAACUUCAAAGAAUAUGAGAAAAAAGCAAAGGAUCUCAGAGAAGAACAGGAGAAAUACAGAAAGACCUUGGAAGCAGAGAUGAAAAAACUGCAGACAUCUAUUAAAGGUGCCACCCAGGCCUUUGAUGAAACACUGAGUAAGCUGUUUGAAAAGAAGGUGAAAUCUGAGAUGGUCAUAUAUCAGGAGGAGCUAAAGAUUGCCAAUUUAGCCCAUUCUCUGUUAAUUGAGGAAGAGAUCCUGAAUAGAGAGAAAGAUCUGAACUACAAACUGGAGAAAGCAAGAGCUCUUAAGAAUGAAAUUGGAGAAGACCUGAAAAAGCACAAAGACCAUGUGGAUGCAUUUCGGGAGACAUACGACAACGCUGUGGCUGAAGAUAAACUUCUUGACAAAGGAUUUCGCAAGGAGUUCUCUGAUGUUCCUGGACACAUUGUUGACCAGCUCUAUAAGCUUUACAAGCGCAGACCCAGAGUGCAGAGGAUAAGGACUCAGACAGACAGCACAAGUCCAUUUAGGGAGCAGCCUCUGUCGAGGCGAGCAGCGGCUGAGGGGCUAUCACAGAUGAUGAAGGCCAUGGAGGAGCUGGACGCUCCAGAGAACAUGCCAGAGGCUCUGGACCCAGCUGUGUGGGAGAGAUUCUGCCUGUCCAGGAGGGGUAAAGUGGAGAGUGAACAGCAGGUGAAAAUGAAGGCAUUGACUCUAGCAGAGAUGCAAGCAUUUCUACAGAAGAGAACAGAUGAAGACGAGAAUGCACGAACGGAAAUAAAGAAUCUAAUUGAUGAGCUUAAUGGCCUGAGAGAACAGAAGAUGAGGUUCUGCUUAGACCUUAUGGUGCAGAUUCUGUUAAAGCAGGGCCAGGUUGAAGUGGAGACUGGAGACUUUGUCGCAGAUUACUCAGACUCUCAGCUGAUCCACCGCAGUGUUGUAGAAGAGCUGAACAGCACCAUCCGGACUUUAGGAGAGCAGAAAAUCGCCAGCAUGAUAGAGUGCAAAGACUUCCGCAAAGGAAUCAUCCAGCAGGAAUGGGAGCAUAAGAGGAUGAGGAUGCAGAUGGAGGAUCUCAACAACAAAGCCAGAGACAUUCAAAUGCUGCGUGUCUCUCAGGAGCUCCAAGAGUAUCUGAAUGAGACAGAUCAUGACAACAGAAUGUCAAAGCAGGUAUCAACUCUAGAGAAGACCAUAACAUUACAAGAGAAGACUCAUUUGAAGAAUGUUGAGAAUUGUAAAAAGUUAAUUAAGCAGCUGAACAGUCAGGUAGCACUGAAGAAAGAGAAGAAUGCAGCUCUAGAUCUGCAAGUAGCCAACAUGGAAGUGACUGUUGCAGAAAGAAGAAACAUCUGUGAGGCAAUAGCAAUGGAGGAAAACCAAGAGAGUGAAGCUGAGGAACGCUAUCAGGAUAUCCUGCAGAGGAAGAAGCUUGUGGAAUUGGCCAAAGCACAAGCUGAGGAGGUGACAAUACUAAGAACUGAGGUGGAACGCAUGCGAAUGAAGACGUUCCCUGCACUUAGUCAAUUUAAACAUAACUGAUAUGGGAAUAAAAAUGCUCUUUAUUCACAAUAAC